GAGAGAGAGGAGGGGAGGAGAGAGGGAGUUGUAAGGGAGGACAGGUAGCGUAGAGAGAGAUAUGAUCAACUUACGAAACUCUAGAAUUCGAACUAAGGCGACGGGUUCUGGAGAGAGCGAGCCUUCGAUUUUCUCUGGUCUUCUCGUUAGCUUCCUCUUCGUGUUCAUCACCCCUUCCUGGUUUUGAUUUUGGGUCAGAGAAAAUGGGUGGGAGAGCAAACUCGGCUAACCCACUUCGAGGGGCAUCACUGUCAGAAUCAUGGCGGCCGAGGAGCAUCCUCAUGCCCCUCCUGGUUGUGGUCGUUGUCCUCGCUGAGAUUUCGUUUCUGGGACGUCUCAACAUGGCAAGGAACGCAGACAUAGUUCAUACUUGGACUGAGUCCUUCUACUCUUCUUCUUCUUCCCCUUCGUCAUCAUCAUCGUCGUCAUCAUCUUUUCCUCUCUUGGGUACUGAUGAAUUGGGCAAGGAGACGUGCCAGGAGUGGCUGGAGAGAGAGGACGCCGUCCCCUAUUCGAGGGAUUUCGUGGACGACCCAAUUUGGGUUUGGGGAGGUCAGAAGGAAUACAAAACGUGUUCUGUUGGAUGCACUUUUGAAGAUCAAAGCAAAUCAGGCAAGAAGCCUGAUGCUGCCUUUGGCAUGCAUCCUAAUGUAGCUAAUGUCAAUAUCCUUCGAUCCAUGGAAUCUUCACAUUACUAUUCAGAUAACAAGAUUGACCAUGCAAGACGGAGGGGGUUUAAUAUUGUAAUGACAACCAGUCUCUCAUCAGAUGUUCCUGUUGGGUAUUUUUCAUGGGCUGAGUAUGAUAUUAUGGCACCCAUACAGCCAAAGACAGAGCCAGCUCUCGCAGCUGCCUUUAUAUCCAACUGCGGAGCUCGUAACUUCCGAUUGGAGGCAUUGAAUAUGCUGGAAAAGUCCAACAUUACAGUAGAUUCUUAUGGUGGAUGCCAUCGAAAUCGGGAUGGUAAUGUUGACAAAGUUGAGACUUUAAAGAAGUACAAGUUCAGCUUGGCAUUUGAGAAUUCCAAUGAGGAGGAUUAUGUUACAGAGAAAUUUUUUCAGUCUCUUGUUGCUGGUACAGUACCGGUAGUUGUUGGUGCACCCAAUAUUCUUGAUUUUGCUCCUGCUCCUAGUUCCAUUCUGCACAUCAGAACACUCGAUGAUAUUCCAUCAGUUGCUACAACCAUGCAGUUCCUUGCUGAAAAUCCUCGGGCAUACAAUGAGUCACUCAGGUGGAAGUUCGAAGGACCAUCUGAUUCUUUCAAGGCUCUUAUAGACAUGGCUGCAGUUCAUUCAUCCUGUAGGCUAUGCAUUUAUUUGGCUACAGCGGCACAUGAAAAAGAAGAACAGUCAAAUCCAGGCUUCCAGAAACGUCCAUGUAAGUGUGAGCAGAUGGGGGAAACAAUCUACCAUUUGUUCGUAAGAGAAAGAGGAAGAUUUGAGAUGAAAUCCGUCCUCUUGAGCUCCUCAAAUCUGACAUUGCAAGCAUUGGAGUCUGCUGUCUUCAAAAAAUUCAAGUCAGAAAAUCACAUACCCAUAUGGAAGGAUGAGCGACCAGAAAUCCUAAGAAGAAGUGAUUAUAAAGUUCACAAGAUCUAUCCAGUAGGUUUGACUCAACGUCAGGCAUUGUAUACUUUCAAAUUCAAUGGGGAUGCAGAUUUCAAGCAGUUUGUGGAGAGCCAUCCAUGCGCAAAGCUUGAAGUUAUUUUUGUUUGAUGUGCUGACCCAUGACUUUCAGAGCCUUGCUGUCCUCGCAAACUCUAAUUUUUCUUUAGUUUAAUUUGUGUUACCGACAAGCUCAUUCUCCAUUUUUUCUGCCGGCAUACCCUGUCCAAGACUAGAAAAAGGGGAAAUUUCCUCAUUUUAGUCCAGUACAUCGGAAUCUUAGCUGAGAAAUUGGACCAUCUCCUUGGUCCACAACUAUGCAGUAGAAGCCCACGGUCACUAUGUUGAUUCACAAGUUUAAUCGGCUUCUGUGGCUGUCCUGUUUGGGGUGCUUUCUUUCCAACCCUGUGCGCUACAGAUAGGCAGACCUCCAUCCUUGGCCUAAUGAGCAGUACAUUAUACUAAAUUGUUAUCAAGGCUUUUGCUUUGAGUGCUUAGAUGGUGCCCUUCUGUCUCAUGGUCUUCGUUGAGCAGUCGCAGCAGCGAACCACAAGAGCGAGGACUCUCGUUCUCAAAUUGACGAUUUACUUUUCAAACAUCGAUUGACUGAUCGGACUAAUGUAGGCUUGGAUAGGAAUUGUAUUAUCAAGUGUGAAAUAUACGUCUGGAAUACCUCGGUUUAAUGUGGCUGUGCCUUUAACAUUUUAGAAAUGAAAACAUUAUUUGUGAAUGAA